AUGGCAGCCCAACAUCCAUAUCGGGAGGAGCCAGGAAGAUGUUUCAACCUGACAAACUUGGACACCCGUCCCGGCUGGUCAAUGGUGGACAGCGUUCAGGCGCUGCUGCAAAGCGCCGCAGCCAAUCUACUAAGGGCCAAGCGCUUGGCCGGACGGGCCGCGGAGAUCCCCACGUUGGAGGAAUUGACCAGGACCUGGCAAUUAUGGAACCACAGACCCGUUACCAGAAGUAUGCAGACCCAUUCCCCAGUGGAAGAGGUGAUAGGGGGAGCUGUGACGCACAGAGGAGGGACGCAGACGAGACCACCCCCAACACCCAUACCAGGACAAGUGGCGAGGUGGGCCGUAGCGGCAACCGCAUCAGAGCUGAUAAAGCACGAAGUGGUGCAGAUAGCGUUGAAUCGGGGGGUAGUUACCCUACCGUCCAGGGAAAGCCGGGUGUCCAGAAUUGACAAGCGGACCCCGUACACCGCUCGACCGGCCAACGACGCACCAGCCCGGCUGAGCCGGGUGUCCAGGAUUGACAAGCGGACCCCCCACACCGCGCGACCGGCCAACGACGUACCAGCCAGGCUUCGAUCUCCAAGGCGUGCCAGCAGGACCCUCACUGCAGAGGUACCAGUGGGGCCCGAACCCGCGACGCCCCCGAGGGAAUCCCAGGACAACGCGGUACUGAUGGUGCCAACAACUACCACCAGGAAUGCUACCCCGAGGAGGACCCGGAGCGUCCAGGUAAAGGCGCAGCUGAAAGCGGUAGCCCAACCACCCCCCGCCAAUCCAGAGGCCGAGGAAGACGACGACGUCCUGCAGCUCAGCAUACACGACGAUGACCUAAAGUACAUCGAUCAGCUGAUGGACGAAAUCAUGAGUGAUUGA